ACCAAGCAUAGCGGAGCACCGAUGGCCAAUUCGUGGGGGGUAGGGCGAGUGCUGGAGCUGGCAGGCUACGUUGUUUUCUUCGGGAUUUCCCUCUGGCACAUCCCGAACGUUUGUUCGCCACUGUGGUUGAAGGAGUGUAUGGACAAACGCCCCUGCGCAAGGACAGAAAAUCGUUAGCAUUUCAUGUCUUGGCCCGAUUCUCAAACCAAGCGAAGGCGUGAUGCAGUGUACUUGUAGAAUACACGAGCCCGCCGUCAGACUCAGACAGACUACCUACAGAGUUGGGGGUUAGGUUUAUGUAAUGUAGCAUGAAACAGCCGUUGACCGUACACGAAGGCUCGCGAUUGCGUGGUCCAAGUCAGGCUUUUGUCUACAUCAUGUGCAUACGGACAGUCGGGUUUGUCUUAAUUUUCGUUGCGUUUUUGGAAGACAAGUCACCUCUUCAAUCGAACAGUCCGGAACCGAGGACCACGGAAAGGGUAGCGUUUUGUGAUUACCAUUCUGUGUUGGCUCUACGAAAACACAACGAAUC